AAUGGCGCGGUUGGCGUCAAGCAAAUUUAAAAGACUUUUUGUGUGCUUUCUCGUUGUAAGUUUGAUAUGUCUUUGGAGUAAGAUUCGUUCAACAGAAGAUCACAUAUAUAGUAUUAGUUUUCGGCAAGCUCACGGAAAGAAAAAACUCUUCUACGUUAAAUCUGGAAAGUGUGAAUUGCCUUAUGUGGAUCCAUUUAAUGCCGAGUUCAUGAAAAUCAAUAACCCAAAGAUAUUUAUACCUUGCACAAAUGAAAGUGAUCUUAUAACUGUACACUACAAUAACAUUUUCAAUCAAUAUGUGCUACAUAUAAAUGAAGAAGUGCUUCAUAGGCUGUCGCAAUCGAAAAGUAAUGACUUUGCUUGCUUUUACCAAAAAAUUAUUUACGGUCAAUCAGCGGAUCGCUACGAUAGAAAAGGAAACAAAACCAAACUAACUCAGGACUGUUUGGUGCCCUUGGAUGUCGAAGGGAUGUUGGUGGACUGCAGAACAGCGGACGAAGGGAUGCUGCUGCAACAAGACGCUUUUAUGUUUGUACAAUACGAAGAGACUCCUAAGAAUUUAAGUCCAGAACGAAAAGCUAGUGUUAUUAUGUACGGCAUAGACACUGUUUCACGCACAAAUCUACGUAGGAUGAUGCCAAUGAUAUACGAGUACCUUAAGUCACCAGGCUGGUAUGAAAUGAUGGGCUACAAUAAGGUGGCAGAUAAUUCCUUUCCCAACAUAUUCGCUAUGCUAACGGGGUAUUCUCCAGAGACGGCAGAAACUCAAGUUUGCAAUACGGAUAAUUAUGGAUGUUUGGAUAAAAUUCACUUUAUUUGGAAGGAAUAUAAGAAACACGGCUACUUGACAGCCUAUGCCGAAGAUGAGGAAAUAUCAAAUACCUUCAAUUAUAUGAAACCAGGCUUCGCCGUAAAGCCCACAGAUUACUAUUUCCGUCCCUUUUUAACUGCCCUGGAAAAAGAGACUGUGGUCAGGUAUAAUGCUGGUUCGUUGAUGAAGUAUUGUCUAGGUCGUCGACUGGCCAACAGCUAUAUCUUCGACUAUUGCCGACAGUUUAUGCAGCGAUUCGUGGCCGAUCGUCCCAUAUGGGGUAUGUUUUGGUCAAAUCACUUUAGUCACGACGACUUCUUUAUGCUUUCUGCCAUGCAGCAUAAGAUCUUAAACGACCUGCUCGAUUUUGAGAAAGAUGGGGCUUUCGAGCAUACUAUAAUGAUCUUCUUCUCCGAUCAUGGAGCUCGGUUCGGUCCUCUGAUGCGCAUGAAGGAAUCAUUUUUGGAGGAACGACUACCCAUGAUGUUCAUUUACCUACCACCCUGGUUCCGGGCUAAGUAUCCCCAAUACGUUGAGGCUCUGUCCCUGAACCAGAAUCGACUGAGCUCAAACUUCGACAUUUACAACACCUUGAAGCACAUCCUACAGAUUGAUAAUGUCGUAGAGGAAACAAAAUGGUCAUUCGACUGCCCCCAGUGUCAGUCCCUCUUUUACCCUCUGCCCGAGAAUCGCAGCUGUUCGGAGGCUGCCAUAGCGGAGGCCUACUGUACUUGCCACAACUACGAGGAAAUCAAGGAGGAACCAUGGACCUGGCGCAUGGCCGAUCUGGUGGUGGAUCGCAUCAACAAUUAUUUACGGUUUUACAAUCUACAAAAUCAAUGCAGCAAUCUUACUUUGAAAGUGGUCAACAUUACCGAACAAUGGAUGGAGGAGAUCGACGGUGAUGUUAACCGACCGAAAGGAAUGCGAUAUUAUCACACCAAGCUUCAGGUGCAUCAGAAUAUGGCUGAGUUUUUUGCCACCGUUCUGUACAACAGGGAAACAGAAGAACUCAAAAUAAACGUGAAACUCAUCAGCCGUAUUAAUAAGAUCAUAUUGACAAUGAAGGAGCCUAUUGCUGUCCCUCCUAAACGUUUUCUAUGGUGCAUUCCCAUUUUCUGCCUUUUAAUUUUUUGGAACACAAUGCCCUACGAAGUAAAUGAAAAGAUUAAUACAUACAAUAAGGAGACCAAAAAACGAUUUUACGUAAAUAGCCCAAAAUGUCAAAUACCCUACGUGGAGCCCUAUAAUUCUGAGUUCAUGAAAGUCUACAAGCCAAAAAACUUUACACCCUGCUCCAAUCAAAGUGAUCUCAUUACGGUGCAAUUCGAUAAAAUGUUUAAUCAAUAUGUGGUACAUAUUAAUGAGGAAGUGCUCCAUAAGCUGUCCCAGUCGAAAAGUAAUGACUUUUCUUGCUUUUACCAGAAAAUUGUCUACGGUCAAUCACCGGAUCGCUACGAUAAGAAGGGGAACAAAACCAAACUUACUCAGAACUAUUUUGUGCCCUUGGAUGUCGAAGGGAUGUUGGUGGACUGCAGGACAGCGGACAAUAAGAGACUCCUGCAAAAAGACGCUUUUAUAUUUAUACAACCGAAAGAGACUCCUCAGAUUUUAAGGACAGAUCGAAAGGCGAGUGUAAUCAUGUACGGUAUAGAUACCGUUUCACGCACAAACCUACGUAGGAUGAUGCCGAUGGUAUACGAGUUCCUACAGUCACCAGGGUGGUACGAAAUGAUGGGUUACAACAAGGUGGCUGACAAUUCCUUCCCUAACUUAUUCCCUAUGCUAACUGGCUUUUCCCCGGAGACGGCAGCAACUCAGGUUUGCAACACAAGUCAGGAAGGAUGUUUAGACAAAAUACCCUUCAUAUGGAAGGACAUGAAAAAAAGAGGAUAUUUGACCGCCUAUGCUGAAGAUUCGCAAUGUAUAAACACCUUCAAUUAUUUGAAACCAGGCUUUUCCUACAGGCCAACGGACUUCUAUUUCCGUCCUUUUUUAAACGCCCUGGAAAAAGAAACUAUGAUCCAAUAUUGCCGGGAUUGUAAACUGAAAUACUGUUUGGGUCGUCGACUGGCCAAUAGCUAUAUCUUCGACUACUGCCGACAGUUAUUGCAGCGCUUCGUGGCCGAUCGUCCCAUAUGGGGUAUGUUUUGGUCAAAUCACUUCAGUCACGAUGACGUCUUUAUGCUCUCUGCCAUGCAGCAUAAGAUCUUAAACGACCUGCUCAAUUUUGAGAAAGAUGGGGCUUUCGAGCAUACUAUAAUGCUAUUUUUCUCCGAUCAUGGAGCUCGGUUCGGUCCUCUGAUGCGCAUGAAGGAAUCAUUUUUGGAGGAACGACUACCCAUGAUGUUCAUUUACCUACCACCCUGGUUCCGGGCUAAGUAUCCCCAAUACGUUGAGGCUCUGUCCCUGAACCAGAAUCGACUGAGCUCAAACUUCGACAUUUACAACACCUUGAAGCACAUCCUACAGAUUGAUAAUGUCGUAGAGGAAACAAAAUGGUCAUUCGACUGCCCCCAGUGUCAGUCCCUCUUUUACCCUCUGCCCGAGAAUCGCAGCUGUUCGGAGGCUGCCAUAGCGGAGGCCUACUGUACUUGCCACAACUACGAGGAAAUCAAGGAGGAACCGUGGACCCGGCGCAUGGCCGAUCUGGUGGUGGAUCGCAUCAACAAGUACCUCCAAGCUAACAAUCUGCUGGAUCGAUGUAGCAAUCUUACUCUAAAAGUAGUUAACAUCACUGAAGAAAGAAUAUUAGAGCUCGGUGAAGACGUAAAAGUAGCAAAGGGAAUGCGACAUUACCACACUAAGUUCCAGGUAAAUCAAAAUAUGGCAGAAUUUUUUGCUACUACUCUCUACGAUAAAGAGACCGAGGAGCUCGAAAUCAAUGUGGAACUUAUUGGUCGAUAUAAUAUGUAUGGUCCCGAUGCGGAGUGUCUAGACAAUAAGAUCCAAAAGAUGUAUUGCAUAUGCCUAUCAAAGAUAUGGACAUACAAAUAGCAUCGUUUAUUGAGUCAUGAGCCAACGCACUCCAAAAUAAAACCCUAUUUCCGCAUCAAUUAAAAUGUUUACUAAACCACUUAACAUUUAUUUCAUAUAUAAUUUUACAAAAAAUGUUUAAUACAUAUAUAUUUGCUUCCCGUAUAGUUUAAAUGUUUAAUGGUUAAGACAUUUUAUUGUCCCCCAAAACCUGACCUAAGCCAAACUAACAGAGCUUGCAUCAUUAGACGUUCAAAUUUUUAAAUAACCAUUCGCGGUUCCACGGGAAGAAUUCGGUGCAUAAGUCCUCCAAGUAAAAACAAUAAAAUGAUUAAGAAGGCAUUCCAAUUAAAAUAUGUAUUUUAUUCCAAAUUUCAUAUCAAGAAUGUGCAUAUUUAAACGGAUACAACUUUGGAGGCUCCUUAAAGAAUUCUUUAAAAACUUUAUCUUCCUAAGUUCAACGAGAGGAUGAAUAUGCAAUAAAGAUUCGUCGUCAAAUAUGUAGCAGAUAUGUAUAUACAUAUAUUUGUCGGAAAAUUGGAGCCUUCUCCAUGAAGGUUCGCAUUAGUCGCUUGGUCGAUUGCUUGUUGUUGGCUUGUUGGCUGAUGCAGCGAGUCUUCGUUGCCUUUGUUGCUCAUAAUAAUUAACCUUUUAGCAGUCCUCAAUUGUACACCACGUUAUAGCUCAGGACGAAAAGAGAAAGGGAGCGACCAGACCUAGCAACGCAACGAAGCCACACAAAACCUCAGUUCGCAAACUGAGUCCCGAUCAUACCAAAACUGAUAUGUACCAGUUUUACUCAUGGUCACACCUUAAAGUAUCAUGCCUAACGAAAGACUGAACUACCUCCUCUCCGACAUAUUCUUGUUCAGGAUCUGUCCGUAUGCACGCUGUGAUCUCUGAAACUAAAAAAACUAGAACAUUGAGUAUUCCUAUUAAGGUUCCUUAGCUUUCGAUUUAUCGAAAAAUUGUUUUCCAAAUUAACUACUCCCACUCUAAGGCCCACAAAAAUGUGUAAAGUUAAAUUAUAGCAUCAAACAAUUGAUAUCAGAACUUUUGAUUGCUGUAGGUGCGAACGUCACUAUAUUUAACCCUCGUUGAAAGGUGUUUUUGUUUGAUAUGUUUUAUAGCUGCAAUAGCAACGAUCUGCAAGAGUAUACAAACUUCGGCUUCCAGCAGUUAGCUGCCCUUCAUAUUUAAGAAAAUUUUCUAAUAUAUUUGUUUCUUUUUUUGAGAAAAAUUAAUUUUAAUCUUCACGAAAUGCAAAAUGUGCCAACGCCAUCUGAGGAGAGGAGGUCUGCGGGGCUGGAUGGACGGGUCCAACGCCUGGGGGAAGAAGUCCGCGCGAUGGGGAGUGAGGUCCACAAAAUGCGGACUGAUCUGGCGGAGUUGAAAGCCGUGAACUCUGCCAUUCUCGACUCCACUUGCGCCGUGUUGGCUCUGGAGGAAAAUGGCACCAGUCGAACCAAUUCUAAAGGCCGACUUCCCCGUCCGGUCGCUAGACCUAUUAAAGGUGGUCGAUAAAAUAUACGGAAAAAUGGAAAAAUAUGUACCGCUCUUUAAAUCCAUUUUGGGGAAUAAUUUGAUAAAAAACUUGAACCAAAGCCCUGAAGUAAUCAUUCAAUUGAACUACAGUGGGUCUAGAGUCUAGACAAAUUUGUGCAUGAAUAUUUUAAUUGUUAUGAGAUUCUUUGGGAUGUUGUUUCUCUUCACGGACAUGUAACGGGGCAAAUUUUAUUCGAUAUAUUAUUUAUAUCAUUUAAAACUGUUUUAUUGGAAAAUAAUAAAAAUAGGCUAAGUUGCGUUCGCACAGAUGGAGCAAAAGUAAUGACCGGAAAAAUCAAAAGCCUAGCAGGUAUUUAAAAGAAAUGGGUUUUCUUGCCUCUUCUUUCAUUGCGUUAUCCACCAAGAAGCCCUAUUCGCCAAGGAACUAAAAAUGGUUAACGUAAUGAGCACUUCCGUUAAAAUAAUGGUCAUAAUAGCUUAACACAUUGGGAAUUUUAGAGAUUUAUUGAGGAGCUAAGUGCAGAUUAUGGAGAUCUACUUAUGUAUACAGAGGUUAGAUGGAUAAGUCGGUAAGAUGGCUAAAGCCCUGAAGUAAUCAUUCAAUUAAAUUACAGUGGGUCUAGACAAAUUGCAAAUAUCCAUAAUUUGAAUUCAGUCCUGCAAGGUACGUCCAUUUUUUUAUUAAAAACUUUGUGACGUUUUCUUUGAAUUAA